ACAACAGUCUUAUCUCUACUCUCCUGAGACUCAACCUGAGGAGGAAUUGCUUCUUUGGGAGGCUGGGAGCAGUGGAAGACCCAUACAUUCCAAGCCUGGCUAAAUGAGGUACCAGGUACAUCUCCCAACUCAAAGAAAGGAAGGAAUGGAGGAUGCGGAGUGUGAUAUUUGAGCCUUUUCUCCCACCUCAAAUGGUGACAACACAUGUUUGUCAGGUUCAACUCCAGCCAUGGUUUCCCGGUGGAGGUCGAUUCUGACACCAGCAUCUUCCAGCUCAAGGAGGUGGUUGCUAAGCGACAGGGGGUUCCAGCUGACCAGUUGCGUGUGAUUUUCGCAGGGAAGGAGCUUAGGAAUGACUUGACAGUGCGGAGCUGUGACCUGGAUCAGCAGAGCAUCAUUCACAUUGUGCUGAGACCCCAGAGAAAAGUCCCAGAAAGGAAGGCAGCUGGAGGGGAAAGCCCACAGGACACUGCGGGGGGCUCUGAGAGGGAGCCCGAGAGCCUAACUCGUGUGGACCUCAGCAGCUCCGUCCUCCCAUCCGACUCAGCGGGUCUGGCUGUUAUCCUGAAGGAUGACAACGAGAAUGGUGGCCCACCAGCUGAAAGGCCAGCAGGUAGACCAACCUACAACAGCUUUUAUGUCUACUGUAAAGGCCCCUGUCAAGGAGUGCAGCCAGGAAAGCUCAGGGUGCGAUGCAGCACCUGCCAACAAGCGACGCUCACCUUGGCCCAGGGUCCUUCUCGCUGGGAAGAUGUCUUAAUCCCAAACCAGAUGAGUGGUGAAUGCCAGUCUCCAAACUGCCCUGGGACUAGAGCAGAAUUUUUCUUUAAAUGUGGAGCACACCCGACCUCUGACGAGGAAACAUCAGUAGCUUUGAACCUGAUCACAACAAAUAGUCGAGACAUCACCUGCAUAACAUGUAUGGACAUCAGAAGCCCCGUCCUGGUUUUCCAGUGCAGCUACCGCCACGUGAUUUGCUUAGACUGUUUCCACCUGUACUGUGUGACGAGACUCAAUGAUCGGCAGUUCGUCCACGACCCUCAGCUUGGUUACUCUCUGCCUUGUGUGGCUGGCUGCCCCAACUCCUUGAUUAAAGAGCUCCAUCACUUCAGGAUUCUUGGAGAAGAGCAGUACAACCGGUACCAGCAAUAUGGCGCUGAAGAGUGCGUGCUGCAGAUGGGGGGCGUGCUGUGCCCCAGCCCGGGCUGCGGAGCAGGGCUGCUUCCUGAGCCCAGCCAGAGGAAGGUCACCUGCGAAGGGGGCAGCGGCCUGGGCUGCGGGUUUGUCUUUUGCCGGGACUGUAAGGAACUGUACCAUGAAGGUGAAUGCAGUGCCCUGUUCGAAGCCUCUGGAACAGUCACUCAGACGUCUCCUAUUGGCCACACCCAACUGAAAGCCAGCCAUAAGGGACCCAAGGGACACGGCCCAUCGGAUUCAGCCUUCCACACACAGAGCAGAGGAGAGAAAAGAACACAGAAUAACCAGUAUAUCCUCUAUGGACUGGUUUACCGCGUCUCCGGUUUCCUCAUUUCAACCAGAGCUACUCUUGGACACGGAGAAGGAUGAACCCAACAAGCUGUUUCAUCAAACCGAAAGAGCCAAUUCCAUCUGGCAAGAGAAUGAAGGGUUUUUAUUUUCAUAGAGCCAGUUUAUUUUCUGUUCCCUACGUUUCUCCCAAACGGCAGUGAUCUCCAAAUGGAUGACCUCUGCAAUCCCACCUAACGGAGAUCUUUGAAAGGAUGGCACUCCACACACCUAACAAUAAACAUCGGAUCGCAGCCUCCCUUCCCGGAACGGAAGGCUUCAGGUGCAUCCUCGUGUCUGAAUUUUGCUAAUACAACAAAAUGCCCGCAUUAGCCUUCUUCGAAUUUCCUUUCAAUUCAAUUCAUUUGUAAGGUUUUUCCUUUUAGCCGUCUGUGGCCACUCUCCACUGUUCUCGCUCUAAAGCUGAGCGGUUUCUGACGUU